AUGAUUUUAGUAAUAGCUCUAACAACAGUGUUUUCACUGAAUUUUUGUCAAGCAAAGCAUGUUUGCAAAGUUCCUAGAACUUCACCAGUAAUUCAUGCUACGUCAUAUGAUUCCCUAUCAAAACGGAGCACAAUCAACACUCAGUUGAAAUUUUCCAUCGUAUUCACGUCGGGAUUUCAGAAUAAUACUCUGUUUGAACAGAUUAAGACAAAAAUUGUUCUGCCUGCGCUUACGUACUGGGAAAAAACAUUAGGUGUGAAGAAGAUUGCUUCAGAUAAUAUCAUACUUGAGAGACAAUGUUUGGACGGGCAAACGUCAUAUGUAAAAUGGCCAAAUGGUACAAUUGGUAUAUAUUGCAAUAAAGGUUGUGAAAAUAUCACCAGAUGUUUCACAGAACCCAUACCUGAUAACUAUCUUAAUGGAUGUAAAACGUUUGUUGCGAAUAAGCCUAGUAUACAAGGCUCAAGAGGAUCAGGAAUACCACCAAACGGUUAUUUGGUUUUUGUGGAUGCUUCAGCAACUGAACCAUGUCAAAGUGAAGAUUUGUUGGCUUAUGCACUGGCGUGUCAACUGGAGUUUGGUACUGACAGGCCAGUGGCAGGUUACGUUAAUAUGUGUCCAACUCAACUGUCAGUAAAGCCAGAAGACGUUCGUUCAAGUAUCUCUACUUUCAUUCAUGAAAUGGCACACGCUUUGGGAUUUUCAAGUACAUCGUAUGCAUUUCUACGUGAAGACGAUGGUACACCACGUACACCUAGAGACCCUCAAACUAACUUACCUGCGCUUGGUCAAGAUUCGGACUAUAUUUAUCUAGCCAGUAAAUCGACUGUUACAAAGGUUCAGCGAAUCUGGGUUUCUGCAGUUUCCACAACUAUACGAACCAUAGAUGUUUUUGUGCUUCCAAGUGUAUUGGCAGAGGCUAGAGCUCACUAUAACUGUCCUACAAUGGAUGGAAUGGAUUUAGAAAAUGAUGGAGGAUCUGGAACAGCUUUUGUUCACUUUGAAAAAAGAAUCACUGAAGAUGAACUCAUGUCAGGAAGUUAUUCGAAAGAUUCUUACGUGUCUUCUUUAACAUUGGCCUACUUCAAAGAUACUGGGUGGUAUAAUGUAAAUAUGUCUAUGGCUCAAAAUUGGAGGUUCGGUAAAAACUGGGGAUGUGAUUUUGUCCAACUGAGUUGCUACGAAUACAUGAAAAGACAAUUAGCAAAGAAUAGUCCUAUCACCCCUUAUUGCAAUAAGCUUUCAAGCACUGAUGUAAAAUGCUUAGUUUACGACGAUGCCUUCGGCUCCUGUGAUCUUCAGCGCCAAAAAGAAAAAGUACCUGGAGAAAAUCAAUAUUUUACCAGUAUAGAUGGUGUUUCUGCUUCUGACUUACCAUAUUAUGCAGGUGGAUCUUCGUUAAGUGACCGCUGUCCAAUACACAGGAUUCGCAAAACAAUUAUGCUUUACAAUAUUUUGGUCAAGAUUCAAUAUGUGUUAAUCAUGAUACAUACGCACCAUGGAUCAGUAUUGUAG